AUGGAUCCAAAGGACACUUCGGUCUUCCUGCUUGUUCUGUUGUGCAUUUUCUAGGUAAAACGUAUCCUUCCAAACCAGGUUUUAUUGAAAUGUUAGUUUGCAUGCUUCUGCAAGAACGACACUGUAUAGCAAUUUUUGUUGCUUUUGCCCUGAUUCCAGACGCAGAAAUAAUAAUACCAGGUAUUUUGAUAAGUUUAGAAACUGCAUCAGGCUAAAACAAAGCAAUUUAAUGAGCGCUAUGUGCAGUAUGAAGAUUAUUUCUCUCUUUUUUUUAGGAAAAUAUUUUUUUUUUAAAUCGUACUUUGAUUCCCCUUAACAAACUUGGAUGUGAAUCCGAGGAUAAUAAAACUUGUAUAUCUUCAACCUUCUCUUCAUCUGGCGGUCUAGGAGCUGUAAGUUCAUCUACUAAAUCUUUCGCAGCUUCCUCCAAAAUGGAUUCAUACGUUACUUACAUAGAAAUGAGUCCGUAUCUGACAAGAAAACGUGCUGUAUCAACACAAAGGUCUAAAGAAACACAAUUAAGUGACAAAAAUGCUGUUUCUAAAAUGACAUCUAAAACUAGAAGUGUUAUUAACAAGACAUUAAAAUUGAGAAGUUGCACUAAAGUAAUAAAUGCAAAAUCAAUAAAUCAAACACAAAGGACAAGGAAUAAAAAAAGUAAUGUAUCUGUCUCAAAAGCUAAAAAAAAUAUGCAAAAGGAAAGACAGAAGAAAAUAAGAAGUAAAGAUUUAUCAAAAGAUGAUAUCAAAGAUACAGUGAAAUCUAAAAAGAUCGUUACGCGUAGUAGUUCUGAAAUAAAAAAAAAAGAUACAAAAACUGAAAAAAGAAAAGUUAUCACAAAAGUAACCAGAAAUACUUCUAAUUCAAAACAGAUAUCUUUGAAAGAAGCAUUUUUAAAUCAGUCUAAAGUAAGACUUUUACGUUCCCAUAAAAAUUCCAUGAAUGAUAAAUCAACAAAAAAGCUAGUUAGUCCUAAGAAAAAAAAGGUACCUAUUUAUAAAUGUAAAUUUUCGCCAGAAAAAUCUAAAGAAAGUACUAAUGAAAUAUAUGAGUUUAAGUUUGAUGUUAACGACUCGACUGAAAGAGUACCAAGGAAACGAAAGAAAAGAGCUGUUAAGAAAACAACGACAAAUAAGAAAAGGAGAAAUAUACCGGUAAAACAAAUUAACAUGAAACAACUAACUAAAUCUAAAAGAGUCAAAGGAGCAAAUGUUAAAUUUGAAGAAAAUAAUCCUAUGGAACCUUCAACUAAAGAUAGAAAUGAUGUAUUAAAGACAGAUUUCGUAGAAACAGACGUGGGACUGAAUAAAGGAGCAAAAGAUUCAGGAAAUAUAAGCGGUGAAGAAAAUGCUAAUACGAUUAAAAAACCAACAAUUAUAUCAGUAGAAGAUUUGAGUAAUAGAAGAAUUUCAAUAGUGCAUACUUCACAAACAUCAACCUCGCCUGAUUUUAAACCAUUUAGACCAACAAAUAUUUUCAAUAACAGAUUAACUGCGCAAAAAAAAGAUGCACUUAAUUUUUCUCUGUUUGAAAAAUCUUUAUCGCCAAUUGUAAAAUCAACAGAAAAUCUUCAAAUACCUUCCAGUCCCUGGAGGGUAGCAUCAUUGUAUACGUUUUCUCAAGUGAAAAAUGUAUUUCAAAGUACGCCUCAAAAUAAAUACGACAUUGUUAAUAAAAGAAUUUCGCGAAUAAAUAAUGAAGCAUUGAAUAACGAAUCUAAACAAUUUGGAAAUAUAACAAAAAUGAAAAAUAAUUUGCAAAAAAAUAAUGAAAAUAUGAGUACAGGAAAGCAUGUACAUAUUAAUACUCCCAAAACGAGAAAUCCUUUAACUUCAAGAAAAUUUGGCACAGAAAUUACGAACUUAGAUCAUUCUGUACAGCUUAAAUCUUCAAUAGAACAAACGAGUGAACAAGUACCAACUAAAACUGAGACUAAUCAGUUAAAUGCAGAAUCAAUCAAUGCAAUUACUUCCAAUGUAAGUAAAUUUGAUAAUAAUGAAAAUAAAACGAUAAACAUUUCAAGUCCAAGAAAGAGUUUUAAAAAAGGAACAACAAAAGUUAAAAGCAAAAUAAAACAAGAUGAUAAUAAAGUUGAUAAGGAAGAAAAUUUCGAUCCUCAACCUGGACCAUCAGACUUACAAAGUUCAAUUCCUAGUAAAGAUAGACUAUUGAAGCAAUCAAAUUUAAAUAAUUUCUUAAAUAUAAUGGAAACGCCACAAAGUACUACAAUUAAAACAGCUCAUGGAAUUUUUGAUGAUGUACAUUCAACACCAAUUACUAGCAAGGCUAGUGUAUCUACUGUAGUGUUAAAAGAUACAUUUGGUUUUAGUGACGAUGAUUAUAAUCAAGAAGAGUCUCCUAUUAAAAAUGAAGAUAAGAAAAAAGAAAAAUUCACUCAAAGAAACACACAAUUAUGCAACAUAAAACCUAUUAGAUUAUCAAUCGGUGAAAUAAAAAAUAAGUUAUUGACUAAAGAAUUGAAAGAAGAUAUACACAAUAAAGAAAAUAUAUUAACUGAAAAGAAAAAAGUAAAAAAAUCACCCAUUAAGACAAAGAAUAAGCAUAAACAUGUUGAUAUUGUUAAAUUUUCUGACACAUUUGAUAUUCUCUCUGAAACAGGUGAAACAUCAGCAACUUCUGCAAAUAGUGUUCCAUUAUUUGCUGAUUUAGAACCAUCUCAUUUUACACAGCCUCCACGGUAUUCAUAUAAACGAAAACGUGCCACAAAAAUUAGUUUUUCGGAGGAUGAAAGCGAUGAAGAGGAAAAACGAAUAAUGGAAAAUAAAAUAAAACGAAAAAAAACUGAUAAAUUGAAGAAAGAUCAAGAAGAAAGAUUGGUGGAAUGGAUUGAAGAUAUCAACAAAACAUUUAGUGAAGUGGAUAAAUAUGAACUUGUGAUCGAAAUACGAAAAAACGACUUUGGUCAGAUGAUCUUAAAAUAUAAGAUACGAACAUUGUACGUCAAGUCUAUUUUAUUUUUAAUCGAUGGUUGUACUACCGCAAACGUGAUAUAUGUACUUCGUCUGUGAUAUUACAAUUAUGUUAAUAAUUUUAUUACCUUUGACGAUUGACUUGACUUAAUUAUAAUUUAUGUAUGCCGUAACAGGGAGACAUUAAAAACACUUAAAAUUUCCAAUACUAAUAUUUCAGAAUCCUAAGCACAACGUCUCAUAUAAUGUCAUAUCUAUUUUGUCUUUAGUCAAUGACGAAAAC